AUGUGUUCAAGAAUAAUUCUCCGUCGUAUGAUUCAAUAUAAUAUUCUUUCUCGAAAAUAUAAUUCUACAUUAUCAAACGAUAAUUUUGUUCGUAUAUUUGAAGUUGGUCCUCGUGAUGGUUUACAAAAUGAAAAAAUUCAAGUACCAACAUCAAUUAAAAUUGAAUUCAUUAAUCGUUUAAGUCAAACUGGUCUUAAAUAUAUUGAAGUAACUAGUUUUGUUUCUCCUAAAUGGGUACCACAAAUGAGUGAUCAUGUUGAAGUACUUGCUGGUAUUGAUCGAAUACCUGGUAUUUGUUAUUCAGCUCUAACACCUAAUGUUCAAGGUAUAAAUAAAGUUGUUUCAUUGGGAAAAAAAGGUGUUGAUGAAGUUGCAAUAUUUUCGGCUGCAUCAGAAACAUUUUCAAAGAAAAAUAUUAAUUGUUCAAUUGAAACAUCACUACAACGUUUUAAUGAUGUUGUCAAAAUUGCACGUGAAAAAGAUUUACCUGUACGUGGUUAUGUAUCUUGUGUAGUUGGUUGUCCUUAUGAAGGUAAAAUAAAGCCAUCACAAGUUGUGCCUAUUAUAAAAAAAUUACUCGAUAUGGGUUGUUAUGAAAUAUCACUUGGUGAUACAAUUGGUGUUGGUACACCGAAAUCUAUUUAUGAUUUACUUAAAGAAAUACAAUCAAAUGAUAUUCCAUCAAAUAAAUUAGCUAUUCAUUGUCAUGAUACAUAUGGACAAGCUAUUGCUAAUAUUACACAAGCAUUAGAUAUGGGUAUACGUUGUAUUGAUUCAAGUGUUGCUGGUCUUGGUGGAUGUCCAUAUGCUAAAGGUGCAACAGGAAAUGUAGCAACAGAAGAUGUUAUUUAUUUAUUAGAUGGACUUGGUUAUGAAACAGGUGUUGAUCUUAAUCGUUUGAUUGAUGCUGGUCAAUUUAUUACGGAAGCAUUGAAACGAGAGAAUGGAUCAAAAGUUGCACGAGCACUUUUAUGUAAACAACAAGGUGAAACCAAAACAACAGUAAAGAGUAAUCAAACUUAA